AUGAAUAAAUCCCCUAUCUCAACUACCGCAUCACCCAAAAUAGAGGUUCCUCGAGCAGCCAGAUUAGACGCCAUGCAGUCUACCAAUUCAGCAUCUCAUUUCUACCAAAACAAAGUGCUAGAGGAAUACACUGUGCAACCUGUAAAUGCCAGCACAUUACGUCAAUUCAUCUUUUUCGGUAGGCAAAUGAACACGGAUCGUUUGCUCAAAUCUGCAAACUGGGUUCGCAAUGAACUACUAGUGCGCUUGGCUCAUCGUAUCCGUGAUUUUCAGCAGCUGCCCUUCUUUGUCGGCACAAACCCUCACAUUGAAUAUGUCUACAAGCUGUAUUGGGGCGCAUUUGAAUCGAUACGUGCUUGUCCUCCCAUCGAAAAGCACCAAGACAAUACCCAUUUCUGCGAAUUACUACAAACACUACUGGAGGAUGGAUUGCUGGUUUUGCCUCGACUGGCUCAAGGACUCAGCGAAAGUGCAGCUUACUACCCGCCCGAGCAAAAGGAUUUGGAUUUGUUCUUGAAUCGUAUGCUUAGAUCACGGAUAUCGAGACGUGUGUUGGCUGAGCAGCAUCUGGCCUUGACCGAAGCAUGUGAACAUCAAUGGGAUCAACACACAGGAUUUGGUGAUGGCUAUGUGGGAAUCAUAUUUGUGCAUUGCUCUGCCAGCGAAAUUCUGGAGCGAUCAAAACAGCUAGUUUUCCAGCAUGUGCAUCGAUAUCAUUCCAACGUGCAGAAAGAGAAUCAAGAGCUACCUGUGCCUCACAUCAGUGUCAAGAUUCAGCACAAUGGAUUCACAUCGAGCAAUAGGAAGAACGAGAUAUUAUUUGCCUAUGUACCCGAGCAACUGGAACACAUUUUAUACGAAUUACUAGACAAUGCUGUGCGAUUUACAAUGCGCAACCAUCCAGCUGGCGACUAUCCACCUAUUCAAGUGACAGUCAGUGCAAACGAUUCGGAUGUGUAUUUCAGAGUGUCUGAUCAAGGUGGGGGCAUGACCAAGGAUAGAUAUGACCGCCUGUGGUCUUACCAAUCGCGAGCACAGACGGGCGAUUUCAACGAUUUCAAGCAGAUACAAAAGAUACCAGCUACCAUUGAUGGACGAGCAAAUCAGGCAUCCGAAAUGGGACACCGCCACUUGGGCAUUGGGUUGACGAUGAGCAGGAUCUAUGCAGAGUAUUGGGGUGGGGAGCUGCAAGUGAUUACGAUGGAUGGGUUUGGUACAGAUGCCUAUGUCCGUAUACCACGACUAGGCACCAAUACAGAGAAUUUGGGUAUUGAGAGACAAGCCCAUCCUGUCUUCCACAGCACUGUUAAAUCAGGAUCCACUGUAACAGGCGCGACACACAAGAAGAAAAAGACGCCCAAGAGCAGCAAGAAGAAGGAUGAACUUCGUCUGCAGUCUUACCCUAAUGCACCGCCCUCAGCAACACUGCGAUUACUCUCCCCCGAACAGCAAUUGCUCGAUACUACCUUGACAACGGAAUCUUUCAGUGGAAAUGGAUGGAGUGAGAGCCAUAUGAUUCAAUCUUGA